AGAAGUCCUUGGCUCAAGGAAGCCAGGCAGACAGCAUGGCGGCCCCCGCUGUGUGGGCAAGGACGCUGGCAGCGGCGGCCCUCGCCGUGGCUGCCGCGGCGACCGCGAGUGGCUCGGCGCCUCAGGCCGCCGCGGCGGCCGCGAAUGGCUCGGCGCCAGGGCGGACUGCACUGCCGGCGCCAGCGCUAACUGUUGCCGCGAGCGCCUCCGCCCCGUUGCCAGCCACAGCGCAGGCGCCAGCGCUAACUGCCGCCGCGGCGGCCGCGAAUGGCCCGGCGCCGGGGCCGACUGCGCUGCCGGCGCCAGCGCUGACUGCUGCCGCGAGCGCCUCCGCCCCGUUGCCGGCCACAGCGCAGGCGCCAGCGCUAACUGCCGCCGCGGCCGCGAAUGGCUCGGCGCCAGGGCCGACUGCACUGCCGGCGCCAGCGCUGACUGUUGCCGCGAGUGCCUCCGCCCCGUUACAGGCCACGGCGCAGGCGCCAGCGCUAACUGCCGCCGCGGCGGCCGCGAAUGGCUCGGCGGUGGCGCCGGGCCAGGAGGCGACGCCGACGCCGCCGGCGGCCAGGUACACCUGGUCCAACUGCAAGUGCAAGGAAAGUUGGCAGGAGGGCGGCAAGACGUGCAGCCAUGGGUGUUGCAAUCUCGAGGAGGACCCGGACGGUGACUACUGUCAUGUGGAGGAUCCUGCGUGCGAGUCGUUCGAAUGGGGUUAGCCAGAGAGUAUGACGAACCCUGGCUGUACGGAUUACCCACCAGACUGGACCGACAAAGACGGCGACGAUUGCUGGGCGUACGAGUUCAAUGAGUUCUGCACGGCUUCAGGUGGUUACGGCGAGGACUGGGACAAGGAUUGGGGGACUUUCCAAUCCUUCUCCAACAACGGGUACGACGCGUCCACUGCUUGCUGCUCGUGCGGCGGCGGCAGCGACACUUUCCAGGGGUACAACGACAACCAGUGCGCGGACACUGAGGGCUGGGUGGACAAGGACGGAGACGGCUGCGCAGCCUACUCCGAGCAUUUCCUCUGCACUGCUACAGGUCAGCCAGGCGUGGGAUGGCACGAGGAGUGGGGCACGCUCUCCGACUUCAAAGCGGGCGGAAAGAGCGGCCUGGAGGCGUGCUGCGCUUGCGGAGGGGGCUCGAAAGGCACGUACACCGGCACACAGUAUGCGCCCACACCCAAUGGCGACAUCGCGGGGGUGCAGGUGCCGAACGACGUCGCAUGGACCGUCGCUUCGGGCCCGUGUACAAAGGACAGCAGCGAUUGCAUCCUGAGCCCGAACUACCCGCAGACUUACGGGACCGCCGAGAAGUGCGUCAUCGGGGUGAACGUUGACAAGAUAUCGUUCGUCAGCGCCGUGGAGUUCGACACGGAGUGGGGCUACGACACGCUGCAGGUCAACGGCCAGACGUACAGCGGCUCCAUGGGCCCGUCCUUCGUCAAGCCUCUGGGUGCCAUCGUUUGGUCGAGCGACGCUGGAGCCGCCAGGACGGGGUGGAGGCUCUGCCCACAAGGCGUUGCUGUGAUGUCCGGCUCGGUGCCGAGCCAGGAGGCGACGCCGACGCCGCCGGCAGCCCGGUACACUUGGUCGGACUGCAUUUGCAAGGCAUCUUGGCAGGAGUCGGGCAAGACAUGCAGCCAGGGAUGUUGCAAUUUUGAGGACGACCCGGGCGGUGAUUAUUGCUAUGUGGAGGAUCCGCAGUGCGAAUCGUUUGCUUGGGGCCACUGCAGGCCAGAGAGUAUGACGAGCCCUGGCUGUACGGAUUACCCACCAGACUGGACCGACAAAGACGGCGACGAUUGCUACGCCUACGAGUUCAAUGAGUUCUGCACGGCUUCAGGUGGUUACGGCGAGGACUGGGACAAGGAUUGGGGGACUUUCCAAUCCUUCUCCAACAACGGGUACGACGCGUCCACUGCUUGCUGCUCGUGCGGCGGCGGCAGCGACACUUUCCAGGGGUACAACGACAACCAGUGCGCGGACACUGAGGGCUGGGUGGACAAGGACGGAGACGGCUGCACGACAUACUCCGAGCAUUUUUUCUGCACCACUGCAGGUGAGAUGGGCGUGGGAUGGCACGAGGAGUGGGGCACGCUCUCCGACUUCAAAGCGGGCGGAAAGAGCAGCCUGGAGGCGUGCUGCGCUUGCGGAGGGGGCUCGAAAGGCACGUACACCGGCACACAGUAUGCGCCCACACCCAAUGGCGACACCGCGGGGGUGCAGGUGCCGAGCGGCGUCGCGUGGGCCGUCGCCUCGGGCCCGUGCACGAAGGACAGCAGCGAUUGCAUCCUGAGCCCGAACUACCCGCAGACUUACGGGACCGCCGAGAAGUGCGUCAUCGGGGUGAACGUUGACAAGAUAUCGUUCGUCAGCGCCGUGGAGUUCGACACGGAGUGGGGCUACGACACGCUGCAGAUCAACGGCCAGACGUACAGCGGCACCAUGGGCCCGUCCUUCGUCAAGCCUCUGAGCGCCAUCGUUUGGUCGAGCGACGCUGGAGUCGCCAGGACGGGGUGGAGGCUCUGCCCACAAGGCGUUGCUGUGAAGUCUGGCUCGGUGCCGAGCCAGGAGGCGACGCCGACGCCGCCGGCAGCCCGGUACACUUGGUCGGACUGCAUGUGCAAGGCAUCUUGGCAGGAGUCGGGCAAGACAUGCAGCCAGGGAUGUUGCAAUUUUGAGGACGACCCAGACGGUGACUAUUGCUAUGUGGAGGAUCCGCAGUGCGAAUCGUUUGCUUGGGGCUACUGCAGGCCAGAGAGUAUGACGAACCCUGGCUGUACGGAUUAUCCACCAGACUGGACCGACAAAGACGGCGACGAUUGCUGGGCGUACGAGUUCAACGAGUUCUGCACGGCUUCAGGUGAUUACGGCGAGGACUGGGACAAGGAUUGGGGGACUUUCCAAUCCUUCACCAACAACGGGUACGACGCGUCCACUGCUUGCUGCUCGUGCGGCGGCGGCAGCGACACUUUCCAGGGGUACAACGACAACCAGUGCGCGGACACUGAGGGCUGGGUGGACAAGGACGGAGACGGCUGCACGACCUACUCCGAGUAUUUUUUCUGCACCACUGCAGGUGAGCCAGGCGUGGGAUGGCACGAGGAGUGGGGCACGCUCUCCGACUUCAAAGCGGGCGGAAAGAGCAGCCUGGAGGCGUGCUGCGCUUGCGGAGGGGGCUCGAAAGGCACGUACACCGGCACACAGUAUGCGCCCACACCCAAUGGCGACACCGCGGGGGUGCAGGUGCCGAGCGGCGUCGCGUGGGCCGUCGCCUCGGGCCCGUGCACGAAGGACAGCAGCGAUUGCAUCCUGAGCCCGAACUACCCGCAGCCUUACGGGACCGCCGAGAAGUGCGUCAUCGGGGUGAACGUGGACGAGAUAUCGUUCGUCAGCGCCGUGGAGUUCGACACGGAGUGGGGCUACGACACGCUGCAGAUCAACGGCCAGACGUACAGCGGCACCAUGGGCCCGUCCUUCGUCAAGCCUCUGGGCGCCAUCCCGGCGGAAGCAGAAGCGGUGGACAGCCCGAGCCGCCGGCCAUCGUCUGGUCGAGCGACGCGGAGGUCGCCGGCGACAGGUGGAAGCUCUGCCGGGAGGGCGCCGCCGCCCCAGCCUGGGCGGAGCCGCCGCCCGCGGCGGCCGGCAGCCCGCCGCCCGCGGCUGCCGGCAGCGCGGCUGCGGGAGCAGGCGUGCCAACCAGCGCGUCGCGGACGGCGGGCACGGUCGUCAUCCUCGGCAUCGCGGCGGCCGCCGUGUGCGCGUGCUGGUGCAGGAUGCGCAAGGGCUCGCCCGAUACUGGCCUUGGGGAGGGCGUGCCCAGGGGCAUGAGGGGGACAUAUCCGCAUGGAUGAUUGAGCUGGUCUUUCGCUGGAAAGAUGGCGGUGCCAGCCGCGCGCGCUGCUGCCAGGUGUGACGAUCCCGGUCGAAAAAGAGGCCGGCGGGCCGGCGGCCGGGGGGCUUCGGGAGACCCAAGGCUACACGGCCAGUCGUGCCCCCAAGGCGACAGCCGUGCCCUCGAGGCGGCCCGACAGGCGCCCGGGCGCCCCCACGAGGCACCGAGACGGCUCUGCGCGGGACCCCCCCCGGGAACGCGCACGUCGCCGAAAUCUCGGGAGCCUCGAGACGGGGGCCGAUGCAGACGGGGG